UUGAGACCCCAUUUGCACGGAGUCAAAAGCCCAGCAUGGUAACAGCUGCUGGUUAAUAGCAUGAAUUCAGGAAAACGAUGUGGAUACUAGCAACCAAAGCCAGACACAGAGGUGGACAGAACAAUCUCAGCUACUGGCACUGACAGGGUACAACCCCUGAAAGCAGCAAGAAAAUACUGAAAUAGACCCAGAGCAGCAUGAAGCAACCACUGGAGAACAGGCCAGCAGAGACCAAUUCAGAGGUGGACAAGUCGGCAUCACCCUCAGUGGCUCAGCUAGCAGGGAAAUUCAAAGAGCAAGCAGCCAAUAUCACUGGAAAAGAGGUGCCACCACAUAAGCCAACUCGGAGGAAACCACCAUGCUCCCUUCCGUUGUAUUCCCACAAAAGUGAGACAAGCAACAGUGAUGAGCAAAAGCGGUCUCCAAAUGCAUGCCCCAUUCCCAAGGUCAAGGUGAAAAGCUCUCCUAUGAUUGAAAAGCUGCAGGCCAAUCUGGCUUUUGCUCCAGCUGCUCUGCUGCCGGGAGCAUCUCCCAAAAGCCCUGGUCUGAAACCCCUGGUUUCUCCGUUCAGCACCCCUCCCUCAACACCCAGCAGCCCGGGGAUUCAGUCCCAGCCUGCUGAAGCCAACGAGACGCCAGUCAGUUUCGAUCAACCCCCAGAAGGCACUCAGCUGCAAUGCUACAACAAGGUGCGGACGCGGGGCUCGAUAAAGCGCAGGCCUCCAUCCAGGAAGUUCCGAAGAUCUCUGUCGGAGUACGGAGAUGGGGAAGAUUUAGGGGUCAACAUCUCCUCUCCAGAAAACGGUGCCAAGGAAGAUGGGGAUGAGGUGUUUGGGCCCAAGGGCAAGACAGAGGCAGGAACAGGGAGUAAAGAGCAAAAAAACCAGACAGGGUCUGAUGAGAAGCCCCCAUCAAGGAGAGGAUCCAGCAGAUCAGAAGAUGAAGAAAAAGGAGAAAAACAGGCAGAUGAAAUGACUCCUUGCAAGAGUAACGCAGCAGAGACAAAGGAGGAGGAAGGAUGUUGUGGUGCCCCAGGGGAGGAGAACUCUCUCCAGCCUCCCUCUGGAAACAAGGAGAAGGUGUGUGAGGGUCCCCAGGGAGAAGAGCAGCCAGGCAGUGCUUGUGAACAGGAAAAGGGGGACAAGGAGAAGGAAGAAGCUGAUGCAGAAGCAAAGGAGACCACUGAGAGCACAGAUGCAGAGGGAAUGUCAAACACUGAAGAAACACCACUGGCCCCUGAACCGCUGCAGGACGCAGUAGGCUUAGAGACUGUCAAUGAGCCUUCAUCGUCAGGCAGGCCGGAGAAGGGCACAGUGUAACUGUGACGCACAGGAUACACCCAAUCAGGGCACAGGAGACUUAACAUGUGAAUAGGAGCUAUCUAACUCAAUCAAGGUGGAAGCUACUGGAAAACCUUCAGUGGCUGGAGAGGAGCAGAAUACGGAUGUCCCCCGAGGUCCAGAUGCAUACCGGAGCUGAGUGGCUGCUUGCUGGCUCUCUGCUUUGCACCAUCAUACUUUGGGACAGUUGGAACAAGAGACUGGCUUGCAGUCGCUUCAGAGUUCAAAACUGAGGUGUUGGCUGAUGUUCCUUGGUGAUAUUCGCGGCUGAGAGACCUGAUACACGCUGUCCUGGGGUCAACAGCCACCAUCACUCCUGGUCCCUCUGCUCCUUCAUCCUGCUCCAAAAUGUCUUUUUCUUCUCCCCUGCAUUGGUCUUAGAUGAAGUUAAUCACUUACAUACAUACAUGUAUGGUGCCUUUUUGAUAGCUUCUUUUGAAAAAUUUUGGGUUUUCAAAUUUCAGUAAAUAAUGUUUUAACAGUAGGAAAACAUAUGUUUUCUCCAUAUAUGCUGUGUAGCAGACAAUGUGAACCUUGAACAUGGAGAAAACUCUUAGGAUAUUGUUCAUAAAGCAUAAAAUCCCUUUGAAUUAUUCUUCAAAUACUUCAAAGCGAUCUGUGAAACAGCCAGCCAUGGUAAGAAAUUUUUCUGUGGGCUUCAACUUUGGGGUGUUUUUAGUGCUGGUGGAAAGUAACAACCAACAGAUUUGAUGCACAGAAAAGGUGUGUUGCGUAGGCCAGCCGGGCAAGUUUUCUUAUCGAGGUGUGAGCUCUGGUCCAGAUUUAGAAGGCCCACCUGUCCAUCAGUCUGUCUCAUUUCCAGACCCUAUCCAAUCUUUUGAUUCUUUUUUGAAACUUUCAGUGAGUGGCCACUGAGUGCUACUCAUGAUAGAAGGCAUCCUAGCUUACUGGAAACAGUCGAUUAAUUUUAUGUAGGUCAAAUUAAUUUUAUGUAGGUCAAAGAAGAGGUCUUAGAUGGCUGAGUUCCCAGUCGUAGGGCCUGACUGAAUAUGAAUUGGUGAAGGUCAAAUAGCCAGUCCCCCCCUAAGUACUCAGGCAUUGUACUAGAUUUGCAUUCACUCAUGGGGUACCAGUUAAGUCAUGGGUCUAGCUAAGCCAAAAAAAAGUUUUUACACCUGGAAAGUAUUUGUUGCUCCUAACAAGUUAUCUGGGGAAAGAUAACAGACCCUCUUCUGACCAGUUUCCUGACAGUAGUGCUUGAAGCUCUAUCUGCAACUCUGGAAAAGCUGCUCUGGCUCAAGCCCAUGGGGCUCAUGUCCACAGUGUGUCAUGGAGCUGUGGACAAGUCUGGGCUCGCUGGAGACAGUGAGCCAGUCUUGUCAAAAGCAGAGCCAAGGCAUCAGCUAGCUGUUAGGUGCUGUGAACGGUCAGGGGCCAGUGCCUGAACCUGCUGCCAGCCACCUAGCACCCAGCAACACAGACGCAGCUACAGAGACCAGUGGCGGAACCAGCCAGCUCCUCUUCACCCAUCACAGAGCUCCUCCUGGCACAUGUUCGGCUGAGAAGAGUCGGAGGCUCAGGUUGUCCCUGUCUGUCUGGUGAGGCACAAGCAUUUUACACAACACAGCCCACACCUGUCCUUGAGUGGACUUCGCAACACAGCAGUGUUACAGACCUGAUGGUUUUAAGGGAUAUCCCCUUUCUGUUCACCAGCUCUAAAAUGGCGAGGAAAGAAGCGGCUCUGUGCCCUGCCUUUCUUUCUCCCGGGUGAGAGCACCGAGGUGUCAGUUGCUGAGAGCCAGCGGUGCUGACCUUCCUGCGUAGCAUGGGCUUGUUGGCAAACACAACCCCCACAUCCUUUUGAGCCAUGUUGUGGAGCAUUGUUGCCUUUGAAUCCAUUUUAAUCUGUUUGUUAGAGCUUGUAUUCCAGGGCAGGCUGCAAUCAUUCACUGUACCCUGUUUCUUCUUCAUUGUCCCAUCUGGAUGUGAGUGAUUGUGCCUUACUGUAUAUAUAGAUAUAUGUGUGCCUGUUUAGAGAAUGAGUAUGUGUGUCCCAAGCAAGGGAAUGGAAAUCCAAGGGAGAAGCAGAAGAAAUAAAUGGCGGAAUAAAACCAAACCAAACUAAAA